UAGCCCUGGGAUCUCAGAUCUCAACAUAACGUUACCCGGACUGUCGGCUCCAAAGCAUUACUCUCCCGUUCUUAACCAAGAGCAGACCCGGAUUUGGUACACGAGUACGAAAAAAUUAGCUCGGACCCUGCACCCCGACACUGCGAAUUAUGCACGCAGGUAUUCCCAUGCCUCCAUGGAGUUCCUAAAAGGCGCUUACAGCAUGCUUCCCCACAAAUUCCGGGGCGGCCGGGACCCGGCGGAACAGGCCGUAUUGAGCACGAAGACGGUCGUCUCGGUUCUCUGCGCCGCCUGCUCGUUGCAAGAGGGCGCUGGAGUGCCCGAUUUGCCAAACCACGGACUUAGCCCACCGGUUUAUCCCUCUCCUCCGGGAAGCGGUUCCACCAAUGGCCGCUGGACCACGGCCUAUGACCGGGCACGAGACCUGGUGUCGCAGAUGACGGUUGAAGAGAGAGUCAACAUCACGCAGGGCUGGCCCGGAAUAUGCGUGGGCAACACCGGCGAAGUGCCCCGUCUGGGCAUCCCGGCGCUGUGCUUCGCCGACGGCCCCUCGGGCAUCCGCGGACAGGAGUUUGUGUCGGCGUUCCCGGCGGGGAUCCACGUGGCAGCCACCUUCGACCGGGAUCUCAUGUACCGCUACGGCCGAGCACUGGGUGAUGAGUUUCACGGCAAAGGGAUCAAUGUCGCGCUGGGCCCCGUGGCAGGUCCGCUGGGGCGCGUGGCCAAGGGCGGGCGGAACUGGGAGGGCCUGAGCAACGACCCGUAUCUGGCCGGCGCCGGCAUGGGCGCCGUCACGCGCGGCAUCCAGGACGCCGGGGUCAUUGCCACACCCAAGCACUGGCUGUUGAACGAGCAGGAGUUCCGCCGCCGGUGGACCGAGCUGGGCGAUGCCGUCAGCGCCAACGUCGAUGAUCGCACCCUGCACGAGCUGUACGCGUUCCCCUUCAUGGAUGCUCUGCGCGAAGGGGCUGGGGCCGUCAUGUGCAGCUACCAGCGAACGAACCACUCGUACGCCUGCCAGAACUCCAAGUUGCUGAACGGCGUCCUCAAGACGGAGCUCGGCUUCGAGGGCUUCGUGGUCAGCGACUGGGACGGGCAGAUGUCUGGCGUGGCAUCCGCCAACGCCGGCCUGGAUCUUGUCAUGCCCCGUGCGGGCUUCUGGGGCGACAAUCUCGCCGAGGCGGUGCGCAACGGCUCGGUGAGCGAGGAGCGACUCGGCGACAUGGCCAUCCGCAUUCUCGCACCGUGGCACUACCUUCACCAACACACCGCGUAUCCGCCGCCAGCUAUCUACACCAACACGCAGAAGCAUUUCCCCGUGGACGUGCAAGCGGACCAUGCCAGGCUUAUCGAGGAAAUCGGCGCCGCGGGCACGGUGUUGGUCAAGAACGUCAACAACACGCUGCCCUUCAAGAAGCCCAAGUUCCUCUGCGUCUACGGCUACGGCGCCGCCCUCAAGGCCAGCCCCUGGCAGAACCGCGAUCGGUAUGGCGGCGGCUACGAAGACAACUUCGGAUGGAACACGUUCAACGGCACGCUCAUCACCGCCGGCGGAUCGGGCGGCAGCUCGCCCCCAUACGUCGUGUCUCCCUUCCAAGCUCUGCAGGAGCGCGUCGCCCAGGACCGGGGCAUCCUUCGAUGGGACUUCUACUCGGAGGACCCCACGCCCUACGUCAACGCCGACGCCUGUCUGGUGUUCAUCAAUGCCUACGCUUCGGAGAGCUUCGACCGCCCCAGCCUGAAGGACGACUUCAGUGACCGGUUGGUGCUAAACGUUGCCUCGUGGUGCGCCAACACCAUCGUAGUAGUGCACUCCGCCGGAAUCCGCACUGUCGACGCAUGGAUCGCCCACCCCAACGUAACGGCCACCCUCUUCGCGGGGCUGCCGGGUCAAGAAGCGGGCCACAGCCUUGCGUCCGUCCUUUACGGCGACGUCAACCCUACCGGACGUCUCCCGUACACAGUAGCCCGGUCGGAGUCGGAUUACGGCGACUUGCUCAACCCGACCACCUCAUCCGACCCGUUCCCCGAGGCGAACUUCACCGAGGGCCUGUUCAUCGACUACCGCUACUUCGACAAGCACAGCAUCACCCCGCAAUUCGAGUUCGGCUUCGGCCUGUCCUACACCAGCUUUGCCUACGCAGACCUGUCCGUGUCAAAGACCACAACAACAACAACAACCACAGACCUAGCCGAGUUCCCGGACAAGAAUGUCCGCAUCGUGCAGGGCGGCCACCCGGCCCUGUGGGAGGUGGUUGCGCUGGCCAAGUGCACCGUGACCAACACGGGCGCGGUGGAUGGCGCCGAGAUUGCGCAGCUCUAUGUCAGCAUCCCCGGGGGGGACUCGCCCGUGAGGCAGCUGCGUGGCUUUGCGAAGGUCGGGCCGCUCGUGCCCGGCCAGGAGAGGGAGGUUGUGUUUGAGCUGACGAGAAGAGAUUUGAGCGUGUGGGAUGUGGUGGUGCAGGACUGGAGGUUACGGAGGGGGGUGUAUGAGAUUUGGGUAGGGGCUAGCAGUCGGGAUCUGAGGCUGAAGGGGGAACUGGAAGUCCGCUGAGCGGACCAGCAUGGGAGGCAUAGAGCAUAUGCAUAUGAACUAUCGUUCUGCAUUCUUCAGUG